GGUAAAGGAAUAAAUGUGUCUGAAGAAGUGGCACUUGUUUUAGAAAAUGGGAAUUCUGAAGUUAGUGAGCCAGAUGAAGGCACUGUUGAACCUGAGGAAUCACAAACAGAAGACAAUGAAAAUACUAGUCAAGAAGGAGAAGCUGACAAUGAAGAAACCAAAGGAACAGAGGAAGUGAAAGAUGAUGUGGAGGAGAAAAAGGAGGAGGAGGAAGAAGUACAUGUGCAAGAAGUAGUGGAAGAGAGUGAGGAACAGGACAAUAGCAAAAAUAUUGUAAAUGAGGAAAAAGGUAAAGUACUAGAAGAGGAGGAGGAAGAGGAGAAGGAGGAACAAAAGCCAACAGAGAAUAAAGAUAAUGUAGAUGAUGUAGAUGCAAAGGAAACAACAGAAAAAGAGGAAAGUGCGAUAGAACAUAUGGAAACAGAAAAUGCAAAAGAUGUCACAGAUGCUGUAAAUGAGACACCAAGUGGUGAAGUUGAAGACACAAAACAGGAGAAUGGAGAAAGUGAGCCCAUGGAAACUGCAGAAGAACAGGUCACCACAGAGAAAUUGCCAGAGAAAGAAGAAGCACCCAGCAGUGUAGAGAAGCAAACACCAGGCAGGAAGAGAGGGCCAAAGAAGAAAAAGAAACCUGCACCAGAAGUGAAGACACCCAGGAGGCCAGCAAAUAUUGUCGGUGAUGGAGAUGUUGAAACGCCAGAAGGAUGGACAAGGAUAGUAGUACAACGUACCACUGGGGCAUCAGCUGGAAAAUUUGAUGUCUAUUAUUACAGUCCCCUUGGCAAAAAACUCCGCUCCAAGAAUGAAGUGCGCACACACUGUGAGGAACACAACCUCACUUUGGACCUGGAUACCAUCCGCUUCUCACAGAAAGCUCCUGGUGGGAAAGUGCGGACAGCGAGAGUGACCUCAGCCACACCAAAGACCCCCAAGGGAGCAUCUCCGAAGACCCCAAAGGCCCCAAGAACGGAGCCAGCAAAGAAGAGGAAGUUAGGAGCCAAAACAGAGGGACCCUUAGUCAAGAAGAAGAAAGGAACUGACCAGACCAGCGACUAUUUCCGAGCCAAGGGGGAGGCAGUGGGCAGAGUCAGACUCAAAGCUGCAUCAAAGUGGAAUCCCCCGAGAUCGCCCUUCAACCUCUUCCAGGAAUCUCUUUACCAUGACCCUUGGAAACUUCUCAUCGGUACUAUAUUCCUUAACAGAACUACAGGUGAAGAGGCCUUGGGUAAGAAUGUCUUAUGGGACUUCCUUGAGAGGUGGCCCACUCCAGAGGACACGGUCAAAGCAUCCUGGGAAGAAAUAGCUGAGCUCAUUCAGUGUUUAGGGCUGCAUGAGAAGAGAGCAAAAAUGAUUAUUAGGUUUUCUGAGGAAUAUCUAACCAAAGACUGGAUUUACCCAAAGGAAUUGCAUGGUAUUGGAAAGUAUGGAAAUGAUUCUUAUAGAAUCUUCUGUGUUAAUGAAUGGCGCAAAGUGAGACCCUCCGACCACAUGCUAAACUUUUAUAUUGACUGGCUAUGGGAUAAUCACCGAUAUCUUGGCAUUGAUUAGUGGAUAUCUAGUGACUUAGUAGUUGCGUUCAAAACCAUGGCCUUGGACUGAGGUCAGGAAUUUUUAAGCCUUUAGGACUACUAAUGCAGGAAAGUUAACAUCCAGUUAGUGGUAUUUAUGUUGGAAAAGAAGUGAACAAAGCAUUCUAUGAUAUUUUAUAAGGCCUAAUGUUUCAGGAUUUUAGUAAAUUAAUUUUCUUAAUAAAGUACCAAGAAUGCAGGUGAAGUCUUUUAUAUUAAGUGUUAUUGAUAUUAAGCACGAGACAUGCAAUGUCAAGGAGGUUUACAGUAUUCUGAUCUCUUUUUACAUAGAUUUAGAGGAUGUAAAUUAUCAUUUUCACUUCUUCACUUCCCACGUUUCCUUUCACUGUACGUCAUCCACGCUAAAUGAUAUUUUUCUGUGUCACUGUAAUAGGUAUAUGUGUUUGGCUGAGUCAAUAGCAGAGCAACAUUCUGUUUCUAAACUUCCUUGUCUUUAUUUAAUACAUUUUUAUUUUUAGCAUUGUGUAUUUUCUUUCUUUUGUUCUUUCUUUUUUUCUUCUUUUUUCUUUACUGCUAAGAAGAAUAUGAAUGAUUAGAAUUAGUUAAGCAGUACUACCAGCAUUAAAAAAAAUGAUAAUAAAAAAAUGUCUAGCAUGAUCCAUCUCAAAGAGUUAUCCACAAAAAACAUCAUGUGUAUUGAAAAAAGACUUGACAGUAAAACCAUCUUGAUAUCAUGCAAGAUGUUUUCUGAAAAUGAAAAUACAAUGAGUGUAUGAAUGUUGUUAUUAUACAUUUGCUCAAAUACUCUGGACUUGUUAAUGUGACUUUGAGUUUAAGGACCAGAAG